CGACUUUAACCAGCCUCCUACCUCCAGCCUCCAGCAUUAGGUAUUCACAGCAAUCACCGCCAACUUGAACAGCACUGUAAAGUCGAAACUUAGCACGCCGGAAGCAGAUAGCGCAGACGCAUCGGCCAUCUUCUGUCCCCAUCUCAGUCUGAUCACAGGCCGCCUUCUGCACACUGCGCGAACUUCCAGCGUCAAACCCCAGAAUUGAGCCCGGGCCAACGUGCUCCAACCCGGCCUCAUGGCUCCUGUUCCCGCACAUCUCGAUAUUCCUGACCUCAUAUAUUCCUCUCUCGAACUCGAUUCCCGCUCAUCCACACCUGCACCAUCACUGCCGGCCAGCCCUGUGAUCAAACGAAGUCUCCUCUCUGACUCGUUGGCUCAUAACCCGCUAAACCCUAUCAAUGAAGAUGCUUCACCAAUUCUGUCGCCCAUGGACACAUUCAACGUGCUCACUGCUCGUGAUGCGAAGACUACGGUCGACCCAAAUCCUGGAGCGGGCUCAAUCGACCCAAACGACAUCAACAUGAAAGGUAUUCAGGCACUUUUUGCUCUCAUUGGAGCUGCAUUUGUCAUCGGAGGGAUCUGGUUCUUUUUCUGGGCCAAGAAUGGUGGCUUCAAAUGGCGAAAGGGCGACUGGGAAGAAUACAAGUCGACAGUUUUGCGGCGCAAGGGACCCAACGGUACUACGCUCAGCAACGCCACCAAAAGCACCAUCUUGGGAGGCGGCAGUGUGGUAGGGGAAGGCUACUCUGACAAGGACGCCGCCACGACCAUCGACGGCACCAUGACCGAGACCAUGACAGAUAUGUCUUCCGAAGCACCCAUCAUCAAAGAGACGCGUUCGAAGAAGAGCAAGGCAAAGAAGGAGUCGGCCAAGGAGAGAAAACUCCGCGAAAUCAAUGAAGCUCAAUGGGAAGGAGCUCACGAUGACGACGUCCGUGCGUAUCGACAUGAAAAAGCUGCUCGGGUCGGAGGCAUCAACAAAGAUUCCGAUGCUUUGUUCUACGGUACAGAUUACACUGAAACCGAGCGCAGUGCUAGUGACAUGGCGAGCAACAGCAACCGACAGAGUUCCGCCUACGGUGGUGAAGCCUAUCGCAAGUCGUCCCGGCAGUCUAGCCCUGAAAAGCGCCAGAGCCGUCGUGAUUUCUCGUUCAGUCAAGAAGAAACCUUCAGUGUGUCGUCGCCCCCACCUGCUGCCACAGCCGCGCCGCAAGGUCCUCGACCAAGUCGCUAUCAGUCACCUAGCAAAAAUCCAGGUCCCCAACGUCCUAUUCGAAAUGUCCCAGGCUCCUUCACCCAGCCCUUGGACUUUGAUGUCCAAAGCCAGAACACUAAGAGCUACCAUCACCCAUUGCCAAGCCUGAACGGUCAGGGAAGGACUGGCGGAUACAGACGUGAUAGACGCGACAGUCUCGACGACUGAUUUUCCCCAAGCAAUGCGCUCGAACCGGCAGGGACGACUGCAAACGCUGAGAGCAGAGGUGCCUGAUUUCAAGUGACAUGGAUUGGUACGAAGUGACGAAAUUCAGAUUGUACAUUGACGGAAAUGCAUGGAGGUUGAACAACCUGGCGUACUGGUGGGGCAACGGCAUUGAGCAUGGCGGACUUGUUGACCGUGGACAAAUCCAUUGCCACAGCGAGGAGAGAUUGUGGGUGGCUCAAGAGAAUCACGCUUCACGGCGGAGGACAGGGCAUAAUUCCAUGGCAUGGAUCUGUAGAUAAAAAAAUAAAUAAAAUCAUUGUCCAAGUCGAUGGAAGACUCAGCCUUGUCGAGGUAUUCCCACAAGACUGCUUACAAAUUGAGGUCACGUGUCGGGGUUUUAGUUAAUGAUUCUUCC